CGCAGAGCACGAUUGUGACACCUGGCGGAGACGUGGGAGGGAAACCGGAGAGCCAGCUUGAGGAGGGGUGGGAGGCUGGAGAAGCUGGGAAGAGCAGAUUUCUUGCCCGGGAGUGUUCCUGCCCGACAAGGAAGUUGUGUACCUUGGAGUCUACCUUCUGAAUCAGUACCUGGAGACAGACUGCUUUCCCUCUGUGUUUCCUAUUGUAAUUCAACAGAGCAUGAGAUUUGAAAAGGUAUUUGAAGAGGCAAUAGAUCCUGGAGCUGUCGCUGAACUUUUAGAAAGCUUCCUAACCAGGUUUGAAUUAGUACAGCUAGUGUCUCCAGCGUGGGAAGAGUUGGCCUACUAUGAAAAAAACACCCGAGAUUUCCUGUUCCCUGAGCCCAAGCUGACCCCCUCACACCUUGGCAUGCAGAGGGAGGUGCUCAUGAAGACGGCUAUUUGGUUUCCAGGCAUUGCUCCCAAACUAGAGUUUUCUACAAGGACAGCCAUCCUAGAAUGUGUGUUCCCGUGUAAAAACAGAUUUUUUUCUGAAGAAAGGUGUAAAUUGCAAAGGUCUUUCUCGAAAUCGCAUGGACAGCGAGUCCAGGGAAAUAACAGGAAAAAGAAGCCAAAGGAGAAAAAUUCUGACCAACUCCCCAAAGGCACACAGUCCCGGGGACCCUCCCCUCAGCGUCUCCAUCUCCAUCGGCCAGCUCAGCGCAACCAUGGAAAAAGCUUCAAGUUCCCGGGAGAAAGGAAGCCUCCAUUUGUGGUUAGACAUGUGGACAGUGGAAACCCCUUUGGUGAAAAUAAUUUGGAGCACCAUUCACAGAAGUCCAGAAGAAAACCUAAGUUAAUCAACUUUGAUCUUUCAAAGAGAAGAGCGACUUCUCUUGACAGCCUCGAGGCAAACAUAAAGGUCAUCAGAGAGCCGGAUGAACGGAUUGUCUUACGGAGUCACUCGCCGCCAUGUUUAGAUCCAAGUGAGUCCAGAAAGCCCUUGCUCAGUCCACAAGGAGAAGUCAAUUUCCACCCAGAAACUUCAUUUACCACCUCCCAGAUCUCCAGACCUCCAAGCCCUCUGGAUCAGUCUCUUCUCCAAGAAAGGUUCCAGCCUUGUUCUCAUUCCACAUGGCAGAAGAUCCACGAGAGGGUACGAAGCCUUCUGAAGUCCCACAGAGCUCACCCAAAGGAAAACUUUAUCUCUGAAUCAAAUUCUAUCCAUGAAAGACCAAGCUACCCUCUGAAGAAACACUUACUGCAUGAGCAGAGAUAUUUUUAACUCCUAUCUCACGGAAAUGUGAAUGAAGGCGGCAGAGUCCACUCACCGAGACCCUGACAGGCGAACAGCAUCCACUGUUGUCUGGGUUGACUUACUGGUGCCUAGCCCUUGUUAAUUCAAACCUUAUACUCGGUCUUUUGUGCCCAAGGUAAGAAUUGUUGAUUAAAUUCUGUCUGGGGCCCUCA